GAUGUCAACUCAGCAAAAUCAAAGAAAAAUGGGUGUUUGUCGUCGACCUCUUUAUUUUGCGAUUUAAAAACGUAAUUUUGUGUAAAUAGUGCAAUCUCAACUGCUGAAAAUUGAAGAAAAAUGUGUGUAAUUGUUGUGAAUAUGUCAAGGUGGUAAAAAAUAAAACGAUUGGUUGUGAUAACGAGCUGAAUAAAUUGAAUGUCGUGAUCGUGAGAAAAGUUAGUUGCUAAAACAAAAAGAGAAAUUAAAUGCCAUCAGGAUGUAUUUUUCGAUUGGAUGGCCACGAGUUAUCAAUUGCUCGUACAAAAAUAUACGCAAAAUAUCGUGCGAUCGCGUGAAAAUACUUUUUACGAUCCUGACGGAUGACACCUUGGCAAUUUGGUACACAAAACCUUGUGUGCCAAUAGCAGCAAAGGUACGUAGUUUCGAGUGCUUGGAAAAGCAUGGCCAAAAUACAGCGGUCGAAUGGAAACCAGAUUCUAGUAUGCUGCUGGUGGUUACGACGACAGGAACACUGUUCAUGUAUACUUUGAUAGUAAGCGAUACGCCGAAAGGAGUUUACAAUCAAAAUGAUUCUCCCUUCUCCAAUCUCCGGAGGGAUAGCGCCGAGCUAUUUCUCAAAGAAACAAUUCCUUCUUUGAGGCUGUCAUUGACUCACCAACUGUCACUAUACGUGCCAAUCUCGUGCAUUUCGUGUAUCAAUGUGUCACAAAUUAUGGUUGCAACCAAAAAUGGUCGCGUGAUUCGUUUGAAUUGGAACGGCAUAGAGGAGCGUGAUUAUGCACUUGAUUUAAAACGAAUACCGUUCAGUAUUAAUCAGCAAGUCAGCUACGCUGUCCCAAUACUGGAAAACAAUACAUACAUCGAGUCUAUCGACUAUUCUCCUUUGCUGUGCGGUUUUGCUAUUACAUUAAACGAUGGGCGAGCUGCUUUUUUGACUGCCGGAAAUACGAAAUUUGAUCCAAACCAAGUACAAGGCAUUUGGUGUCAAAAUGUAGAUGAUGCAACAUGUUCCGUAAUCAAUCAUAAAUACCGACUUAUUGCAUUCGGACGACGUAAUUCGCAAGCCAAUAUGUACGUAAUCGACGAUCUGACAGGAGGACUCGAAUUGUCACAUCGGUUGGUUCUUAGUGCUAAAGAUUUUCCUGGUUCGCCGGGACACGUAAGCGAACUAAAAUGGACUCCGGACGGAUGUGCUAUAAUGAUGGCUUGGAGCAAUGGCGGAAUUUCGUUGUGGAGCACAUUUGGGUCGUUGUUGAUGUGCUCCCUCGGCUGGGAUUAUGGAUUGCAUGUCGAUUUAUCGAAGAAUAAUCCAUAUAAUAUUAUUAGUAUGGACUGGUCAACGGAAGGGUAUCAACUAUUUAUGGUGCGUCAAUUAAAUGAAAUUAUUCCAUCCGAAUCUGUCAACUUAGAUAAGUCUUCUUCAUCUUCGUCGUUGGUGUCUACUAGUCCCAAUACAUCUGCCAUUAGUGGCAAAGAAAUCGGCGAAUCUGUUCACAAACCCACGUUGAAACGAUCCAACAGUUCUGGAACCAGGACAAUGCUCAUUCAAUUAGACUUUGUAAAAAGUAUUCUUACGAUUAAUCCUUGCAUGAGUUAUAAUUCAUAUUUGCUCUUACAAGGAGAUGAUAAGCUGUAUAUAAACCAUGGAGAUGUGCUGCAAAAUAUUUACCAAAAUGCAAAUGCAUAUUCUAAUGAUAACGAGGGAAACGCCUAUUCGAAGGAUUUAUCUUAUACAGGUUUGUCUAAGGAAGAACUAGAUUAUAUGAGAAACGAAGAUGAAAAUAAUGCGGAGAAAUACGUACAGGUGAAUAGCGUAUUGUCGGAAAGCAAACAUUGGGUGGUAUUGAAUCUUCCAACCGCAUAUACAGCUUCCAACUGGCCAGUCAGGUAUAGCGCGAUUGAUUUCCUUGGCAUGAACGUAGCAGUGGCCGGACGAACUGGCGUGGCGUUAUACUCGUUCAACACCCGAAAAUGGAAAUUAUUUGGGAAUGAAACUCAGGAGAAAGAUUUCGUCGUCACCGGUGGACUUUUGUGGUGGAACGAGUUUGUCAUAAUGGGAUGUUAUUCUCUGAUUGGGUUCCACGACGAGCUUCGCAUCUAUUCGAAGGAAAACAAGCUAGACAACCGCUUUGCCAGCAUAACAAAGAUGAACGCCCCGGUAAUGUUAAUAAACUUGUUUAAAGAUCAACUGAUCGUAUUUACUGCUGACGGACAUGUUACAGUGUUCUCUUUGUUGGAAGAUGACAGUCAUCAAGUGGAACUAGAAAAGAUGCACAUUUACGACAUUAAAAAUGUGUGCAUCCACCCUGCCUGCGUAAUUUCGGUUCUGAUGACAAACCUAAGAAACGAGGCAGGAGGAGUGAAGAAUGCCUAUGAUAAUAGUCUGUCGGAAACAUUGAUCCUAAACGUUUCGGGUCGUGUGAUGAUGGUACAAACAGAUUACAUAGGAAACGCCACAUCCCAGCUGGCAUCCACCUGUCUGGCAUCGUCGGUGGAAUGCAUAUGGGUGUCCGAUUCGAACAAAACUCACAUAAAAGAAUCUCUCUGGCUGUACUGUGGCGGCCAUGGGAUGCGCGUGUGGCUGCCGGUGUUUCCAAGAAAUGGAGAAACCGGAAGUAGAAGCCACAGGCACACCUUCAUGAGCAAGCGCAUUAUGCUUUCGUUUACGUUGAAGAUCUACCCUUUGGUAAUCUUAUUUGAGGAUGCAAUGAUUUUGGGAGCUGAAAACGACACCAUGCUAUACACGAGUGACCCGUCUGUCUACUUCUCGCUGCCGUACUGUGCUUUGAAGAGAACCAGCCAAGUGUAUUUACAUCAGAUUCUUAGACAGUUGAUCCGACGAAACCUUGGAUAUAAUGCGUGGGAAAUUGCUCGAUGCUGCACGAAUCUUCCAUAUUUUCCUCAUUCACUUGAACUGCUUUUACAUGAAGUACUUGAGGAAGAAGCCACGAGUAAAGACCCUAUACCGGAUGCACUGCUUCCGAGCGUUUUGGAGUUUAUUCAAGAAUUUCCAGUUUAUCUUGAAACGGUGGUUCAAUGUGCAAGAAAAACGGAAAUUGCUCUGUGGCCAUAUCUUUUUUCUAGUGCUGGUAAACCGAAAGAAUUAUUCCAGCAAUGCAUGGCGGCAAAACAGCUGCAAACUGCUGCGAGUUAUUUGAUCAUUUUACAGAAUUUGGAACCAUCGGCAGUAAGUCGUCAAUAUGCCACACUACUGUUGGACACAGCCUUGGAACAGCGGAACUGGCCAUUGGCUAAAGAUUUGGUCCGGUUUCUUCGAGCUAUUGAUCCCAAUGACGUGGAAUCGCCCCGCUCGUCCUACGUUUUCGGAAAUAAAUUUGGAAUGAAUGCUGCCGGUCCGCCCGUAUCACCAAACGCCGAAGAUUUGAGUCUCAUUCUGGGAAGCAGCAUGACGAGGGGCAGAAGUUUUUCCACAACAUUGAAUCCCAAAUCGAAUGAAACAUUCAACAAUGCAACCAUAGUCAAUAAGGAUAAAAACAUUAUUUUCAACAAUUCCAACAGUAACAACAAUGUAGAUACCACCGUAGUACAAAAAAGAAAGAAAAGUGUGCCAAAUACUCCUAAGGAAAGGGAUUCAUCAAGUGCCGAGGAUUUCUUCAUCGAUGUCAUCCUUCAGCGACAUGCGCGACGGUUUCUGCAACUGAAGAAACUAGAGGACUUGGGGCGGAUGAGUGCCACGUUGGACUUCCACCUGGUUGGCUAUUUGACGCGAGAAAAGGAUCGAGCCGCGCGAAUUGAAGAUUUUGUAACGGCACUAAAAACUUUACACGACGAGCUGGACUGGUCGAAACCUUGCUUGGAUCUAAGUUUGAUUCGCAACGGCCCUAGUUCACACCAGCCAGAGUCCCCAGCAUCGAAUGUGUCGAAUAAGUCCGCUUUUGAUAUUGCUCAACGAACCGAAGAUUCCGGAUACAACAGUUUGUGUAUUAACAGGCUUACGGAUGUGGGAAUAAAUGAUAGUAGACAAGAUUCAAAAGCGUUGACCGAUCCUUUGAUUGCUAUGACCAUUGCGAAGCUGGAAGUAGCUGCCAAUGAUGGAAAAGAACUUUCCUUCAUUGAUACUAAAGAAGCAAACUUAUCACCCAUGAAUGACAAUGUCAGUGUUAGAUCUGAUCACGUGAUAGCUAACUGGCCAGAUGAUGGGUGCAAUUCAUUGAAUUUAGAAAUCGAAGAUAGCUUCAAUAGGGCCAUGGAAAAUAUUUCCAAAAAUAGUGGCAACUCCAAAAGAGAACAACACAAACUGGAGAUCAAAAUGCGUUAUCUGUUGCAAAUUUUUACAGAAGCCAAUUGUUAUGAGUUUUCUUUAUUGUUAUCUGUACUGCUGUUAGAUGUAGCAUCUGUCUGUAGGAUUACGAAUGCUGCGAUCCGAUCAAAAUCUCUCGUUGUUUGUCGUCAGUUGAGAAAUGGACUUAAAGAUAUGACAAGGUGGAGCUUCAAUGAAUGUCUGGGCUAUCGUCCAUUCAUGAUAGCAUUGCAACCUCAACUUGCUGUGCUUGAUAAGUUUGUGAUCCAGCAAGAAGCAAUUCCAUCACUUACUGCUACAACCAAUACUAGCGUGCAAUACAAACUUCCAGUAGGAACGAUUCCAACAGAUUUGGGUGUUAUACCAGAAACUGCUACUGGAUCGGUGCAUUCCGGCAAUACAGAUAAUAAUUCUCGCAACCGGCAUCCCAGCACUUCCACAGAUAAAGUUGAAUUAAGAUCGCGCCAUUUGCUGGAUAAAAAGAGCAACACAGUGUUGGAAAUCAGCUAUAAUAAACGAGAUCGGUUGACGAGCGUUGGAAGUGGGGAGAACAAUACUAGUGCAAGCAGUUCAAGCACUAACAUUCCUAGACAUGCCGGGAAUUUCGUAAGGUCGGUGUCGGAUUUGGAGGUGGAAAACAUUCGAAAAAUGGCGUCCGGGAAAGGCGGUGACCGAGGUUCAAUUGCAUCGACGACAAUUACUGAGGAACCCGAACGAGCUUCCGGCUGUGUACUGAUGUAAUCGAAGUGAUGUAAUCGGAAACAAUGAAGUUUAGUUGCAAUUGUAUUUAUUCAAAUGUUUUAACACAAGAGGAUAGCUCACUGUUUACAAUUCCACUCACUACCUGUACUCAUAUUUAACUAGAAUAAUUAAAAACAAAUCUAUUACUAAA